CAACACAAUAUUUUGAAACUUUGGCAAAGCGUAAGGUCUACAAAACUUUGUUCACUCUGUACGUAACAGAUUUUAGUUUGGGGAAGAGAAAAUUGUAUUGAAAUGAAAUGUAAUCCAUCACGUUACAUCGUCUCCCACUGCAGAGUGGACUAAAUUUUGUAGUGAGUGGAAAAGCCAAGGGAAUGCUUUACAUUUAUACACCCGGUGGAAUUUCUGUCUCGUUGUUCUAUCUGUGAAAUUCACACGUGUGAAUCACGAUAUGCUACAAACUUGAGCCGACUGCGAGCUGGGGUAGGCUAGGUCGUUUCAUGUCUCAGGCCCUCGGAGGAAGCCGAUUGAGAGAGGGGUGAUUGUGCUGCUAAAAAAGGCAAAUCCAGGAGGCAAAUCCGGGGGAAGCAGGCGAAUAUAAGGAAUGAUUCUACUCGUUCACAAAGAGACAGGCGUGAUUAGAAACGCAGUCCGAUCAAGAAUAGGCCUAUAAGCGUUCUGAGCUUUGAUCAAUGCUGGGAAUAAUAUUUAGAUGUUCAUCCGUAACUGAUUUCUUUAUUGUGUAUAAAAUAUAUAAAUAGGCUAUAUAUAUAUAUAUUUUAUUUUUACAAAUUAGGAAAAAUGACCGAGGUCCGGAUCUCGUCCUCAUACGUAGUUACAGCUCUGUGUGCAGGUUAUGCUUUUAAUAUGACUGAAGGCUCUACUACCGACUGAAGCGAUGUGCUCGCUUUCAACCACCAAUUUCACGACACUGUUUGUUUGCGCAUGGCCAGUCGCUCUCGAGGUCUUUCGGUCUCACUCGCAACCGGCAUCUUUGUACAAAAAAAAUCUUAGCACUGGUGCAUCAACACCUGGGGUGUUCAGCAAAAUAAUUAAGGGCGAAAUAAUUUAACGACAUGAGCAGAUCCACUGAAUGUCGAUGGAGUCUGUGAAUGCCGUAGAGCUCCAUGAAUUGGGGGAUGGGGACAAGCGCGCUGCCUGCGAGGCCGCUACAACUCCGGGACAGGGACAAGGACCCCGGACAGCGCCCAGAGCUGGAAUCGAGAACACGUCAUAUCAGGAAGAAGAGCACGAGAUGCGGUUCAGUGACCCAGCCAGCUCGAGUGUUCAUCGGUCCAUGUCUAAUGAUAGGGGCUACCAGACACAACCCCAGCCUUUCCAGCGAAAUGAACUCUCACCCCGGUCUGAGGAGGGCCAUGUGACUGACUUCAAUGACCAUUCUGUCGACUAUGGGUUUAUAUCUGCCCUGGUGUUCUUGGUGGGUGGAAUAGUACUGGUAAUCAUUGCCUACACCAUCCCCCGAGAGGCUAAGGUCAACCCAGACCUGGUGUCAGCUCGUCAGAUGGAGAAACUGGAGAUGUACUACGCACAACUGGGCUCGCACCUCGACAAGUGUAUCAUAGCAGGCCUGGGACUGUUGACUCUAGGGGGGAUGCUCUUGUCCAUCUUGCUAAUGGUGUCCAUAUGCAAAGGUGAGCUGUACCGCCAGAGGACUUUUGUCCAACCCAGGAAGACGUACGGGUCGAUUCACCUGCGGAUGAGACAGUUGGGCGAGGGGGGAGAAUCUAUUGUUGAAUGUGAACCUAGUCACACUGGCACCACAGCUCCUGCCACAAGUACAGAUGGAACACAGAUGUCCAGUGGGACCCAACAGGAGUAGCACAAUCUGAGCACAUUUCUAUCCACAGACUAUGUGAAGGGUUGUAAUCAUUGCUUGAGGGGCUUUGUGAAAAGUGAAGCAAGCCAGGUAAGCUGAAUGUGGUUAAGACUAAGAGCACAUCUGGAACUACACAUCAUGUAUUGAUGGAUGUAGGAUCAAAUCAGAGACUGAGAUGGAUCUGAAAAGCACAAUGGGCACCCUUGAGGAACUCAUUGUAUAGGCUAACUUGACAUGCUGUAAACAGAUGGCUAUCAGCAUCUUUUCAAGACUUGAAUAUAUGUCUGAAUAAUAUAUGUAUCACAUUGUUAAUGAACAAAACAUGUACAAUAUGUAUAGGCCUACAAAUGCUAUUGUUGUUAUUAUUAUCAUGUAAGGAUACAAUGCCUUAAAAAGUUAGUCGCUGUAAAUUGUGUACACAUAUGCUAACAUACUAAGCUCAUGUGAGCCAAUAAGCCAAGUUAAAUAUGUAGCAACUCACUGGAGCCACUUAACCUGUUGGUUGUUAUUAUAACGUGGUCUUGGCAAGAAUAUACAGCAGCACAAACAAAAACAUCUAAGCAAGUGAAAGGUUAGAUUUGCAUCAGAGGCUUUGGGCCAGGUUUUUGCUGAAUUUAUGGAAAACAACAGAUUAUUUUAUUUCAUAAUGGUGUAGAAAUAUAUAUAUACCAAAUGUGGAGAACCGGCAACAACUUUUCCUCCAAAAUGUGUUAAGGAGAAUGUCCAUACACACACCAUCAUGCAAGGUCUUGACCAAAGAAAUGGGGUCAUAAUUAUAUUAUGACUGGGACAACUAUAAUUGUCCCAGUUGUUUGCUACAAAUUUAGCCUUUAUCUUUAAAAAUACAUUAGAGCCAUUUGGUAACAUAGAUCAUAUAUCAGAGAAGUCCUUAUGAAACUUUGUAAUGGAAAAAUGGCGCUGGAAGAAUAAAUCUCUCUUUCUCUCCCC